GUGACCCCCUGCUCCCCUACUGUCAACUAUGAGCCGCCAUCCCCGGGGGAGAGCAUCACGAAGCAGGUAGACACCCUGGAUGCCACAAAAUCACCCAAGAGCGGGCAGUCAUGCCACAAAACAUCCAGGAGCAUGAGUCUGACCACGGCCAUGGAGAGCAGCUGUGAGCUGGAUCUGGUGUACAUCACGGAGCGGAUCAUCGCCGUCUCCUACCCCAGCACAGCCGAGGAGCAGAGCUUCUGCAGCAACCUCCGCGAGGUGGCCCACAUGCUGAAGUCCAAGCAUGGGGACAACUAUGUGCUUUUCAACCUCUCCGAGCGGAGACAUGACAUCAGCAAACUUCACCCCAAGGUGCUGGAUUUUGGGUGGCCCGACCUGCACACCCCGGCGCUGGAGAAGAUCUGCAGCAUUUGCAAAGCCAUGGACACGUGGCUCAACGCGGCAGCGCACAACGUGGUGGUGCUGCACAACAAGGGGAACCGCGGCCGGCUGGGGGUGGUGGUGGCUGCCUACAUGCACUACAGCAACAUCUCGGCCAGUGCCAACCAGGCUCUGGACAGGUUUGCCAUGAAGCGCUUCUAUGAGGACAAGGUAGUGCCAGUGGGACAGCCAUCCCAGAAGAGGUACAUCCAUUACUUCAGCGGGCUCCUGUCUGGCAGCAUCAAGAUGAACAACAAGCCCCUCUUCCUCCACCACGUCAUCAUGCACGGCAUCCCCAACUUUGAGUCAAAAGGCGGUUGUCGGCCCUUCCUGAAAAUCUACCAGGCCAUGCAGCCCGUCUACACUUCGGGGAUCUACAACGUGCAAGGAGACAGCCAGACGGGCAUCUGCAUCACCAUCGAGCCUGGCUUGCUCCUCAAGGGUGAUAUCUUGCUGAAGUGUUACCACAAGAAGUUUCGCAGCCCAACCCGCGACGUGAUUUUCCGCGUGCAGUUCCACACGUGUGCCGUGCAUGACCUCGACGUCGUCUUUGGCAAGGAGGACCUGGAUGAGGCCUUCAGAGAUGACCGCUUCCCUGAGUACGGGAAGGUGGAGUUCGUGUUCUCCUACGGCCCCGAGAAGAUCCAAGGCAUGGAGCACCUGGAGAACGGGCCCAGCGUUUCCGUGGACUACAACACGUCCGACCCACUCAUCCGGUGGGACUCCUAUGAGAACUUCAACAUCCAGCGCGAGGACAGCACGGAGGGCACCUGGGCUGAGCCGCCCCUGCCUGGCAAGCACCUGGAGAAAGAGGUUGGGCACACGCAAGGGCCUCUGGAUGGGAGCCUCUACGCUAAAGUGAAGAAGAAAGACUCCCUCCACGGCAGCACCGGUGCCGUCAACGCCGCCCGCCUCCCGCUUUCAGCAACGCCCAACCACGUCGAGCACACGCUCUCGGUGAGCAGCGACUCGGGCAACUCCACCGCCUCCACCAAGACCGACCGGACCGAUGAGCCGGGGGUGCCUGGGGCACCCGGUGGCCAGGCAGUGCUGAGCCCCGAGGAGAAGCGGGAGCUGGAUCGUCUCCUUGUCGGCUUCGGCUUGGAGAGUGCGCCACCCAUGCACAACCACGUGCCCGGCCCUGUGCCGGCGCACCUGCCCGCCAUGCCAGGCCGCCACGUGGUGCCGGCUCAGGUGCACGUCAAUGGGAAUGCCGCGACGCUGGUGGCCGAGCGGGAGACGGAUAUCUUGGACGACGAGCUGCCCAACCAGGAUGGGCACAGCGUGGGCAGCCUGGGCACGCUCUCCUCCUUGGAUGGCACCACCACCACCAGCGAGGCCGGCUACCAGGAGGCGCCCCGGGUGGGCAGCCUGUCCUCCCUGCCCAAUGGCCCCUCAAGCUGCAACGGGACCGAGAAGCUGCUGAAGGAGGGUCUGUACGACGGUGAGCCGCUCUCCAAUGGCGGCUACCCUUACAACAACCAGAACACCCUGAUGGGCCACCACCUCCGUGACCCGUUGCCUCCUUUGCGGCCCUCAGCAUCCACUCAGGACCACCUGGCCGGCUACCCGCAGCGCCCGCCGGUCUCCCACACCCCAGGCUGGCUCCAGCCCCAGCCGCUGCCUGGCUCCCAGCCCUACCUGUAUGGCUACGACCCUGCCGGCACCUACCGCUCCCGGUCCUUCCCGGCGGUGGACAUGGCCAAGUACGAUGCGAACCCAACGCUGCCCCAGGCUCCGGCUCGCAGCACCAGCAGCCGGGAGGCCGUGCAGAGGGGUUUGAAUUCCUGGCAGCAGCAAGGAGGGAGCCGGCCGCCUUCCCGGCUGCAAGAGGGUGGCAUGGAGAGCCACAGCCCCAGUGUCUCCAGCUGCAGCCCCCAGCCCAGCCCACUGCAGUCAGUGCCCCCGCACAGCCACAGCAUGCCCGAAUUCCCCCGGGCACCCUCCCGCCGGGAGAUUGAGCAGUCCAUUGAAGCGCUUGACGUCCUCAUGCUGGACCUUGCGCCUGCCGUCCACAAAUCACAGAGCGUGCCUGCAGCCUCUCGCCAGGACAAGCCAGCGGGACCCCUGCUCUCCUCCCUCUCAGCCCAGCCCAUCACCAGUCUCUAUGCCCAGCCGGCUCCACAAGUGGUCCAGCCGAGGUCCUUCGGCACCUCCGUGAGCCCUGUGGUCUCUGAGCCCGGGGGCAAAGCCUAUUCUCCCAGGGAGCCGGACUAUGGGGUGCAUGAGUACCAUGAAACCUAUUCGCCCUACAGCUAUCAGCCAGCACCAGCGCCCGAGCCAAGGAGCUACAGCCAUGCCCCGGGCGGAGCACCGAUUGGCAACCUCCCACUCAGCACCUCCUACAGCCCCGUGGGGCCUCAGCAGCUCCUUGUGUCCUCCCCACCUUCCCCCACCGUCCCAUCACAAACCCAGAUGCCCCCCAAGGGACCGGAGAGCUACGAAGACCUGUCGAGGUCGGCAGAAGAGCCCUUGAAUCUGGAGGGCCUGGUGGCCCACAGGGUGGCAGGGGUGCAGUCCCGGGAGAAGCCCCCGGAGGAAAGCACUGUCCCUGCCCGCAAGCGGACCCCCAGUGACAGCCACUAUGAGAAGAGUUCGCCGGAGCCCAGCUCGCCCCGCAGCCCCACCGUCCUCUCGCCCGAGGUGGUCAGCACCAUCGCGGCCAACCCUGGAGGGAGGCCCAAAGAGCCUCAUCUCCACAGCUACAAGGAAGCCUUUGAAGAGAUGGAGGGUGCCUCCCCCACCAGCCCACCCUCUGGCGGCGUGCGUUCUCCCCCCGGCCUGGCCAAGACCCCGCUCUCAGCACUGGGGCUGAAACCCCACAACCCAGCCGAGAUCCUGCUGCAUCCAGUGGGAGAGUUAGAAGGGGAGGCGGGCGGUGGCUCUGAAGAAGAGCCCAGGAGCUACGUCGAGUCGGUGGCCCGCACAGCCACGAUAGGCAGGGGAGGGACCCUGCCCGCCACCCAGCCCGGGGGCCCGGAGGUGCCCGCCAGGAAUGGCACCUUCGCCAACUCCUUCACUGCCCCCAGCCCCAUCUCCACCAGCAGCCCCAUUCAUAGCGUGGACGGGGUGUCCCUUCGAAGCUACCCGUCGGAGGGCAGCCCCCACGGCACAGUUACACCUCCCCACGCCUCGGCUGAGCCUGUUUACCGGUCGCCUGUCAGCUCACAGAUGCCCUCUGCUCACAGCAGCUACCAAAACUCGUCUCCAUCCUCCUUUGCAAUGGUCCAAGGUGGGGUUCCAGGCUCGGUGCAUGCCAGCCCUGAUUACCCCGAUGGCCGAGCUGGCCUUCAGCCAGACCCCCAGGCUCGGCCACAGCCGCAGGUCAAUGUGGUGGGGGUCCACGUCCUGCCGGGGAGCCCCCGCACCCUGCACCGGACAGUGGCUACCAACACGCCGCCGAGCCCUGGCUUCGGGCGAAGAGCUGUCAACCCCAGCGUGAGCGGUGCUCCCGGCAGCCCCGGGCUGGGCAGGCACUCCACGGUGGCCCACAGCAACUUGGUGGCCCCGCCGGGGAGCCCCAGCCUGGCCAGGCAUCAAGUUGCAGCGGCUGUCCCCCCUGGCAGCCCUCUGUAUGGGUACCCCAGCCCGGAGGAGAGGCGCCCAACGCUGUCUCGGCAGAGCAGCUCCUCUGGCUACCAGCCUCCCUCCACGCCAUCCUUCCCUGUCUCACCGGCGUACUAUCCUGGCACGAGCACGCCGCAUUCCUCCUCCCCGGACUCGGCUGCCUACCACCAGGGCAGCCCCACACCGCAGCCCGCACUGCCCGAGAAGCGGCGGAUGUCGGCUGGGGACCGCUCCAACAGCCUGCCCAACUAUGCCACCAUCAACGGCAAGGCGUCCUCGCCCCUCUCCAGUGGCAUGUCCAGCCCCAGCGGUGGGAGCACCGUUGCCUUCUCCCACACCCUACCGGACUUCUCCAAGUUCUCCAUGCCAGACAUCAGCCCCGAGACUCGUGCCAACGUCAAGUUUGUGCAGGACACUUCCAAGUACUGGUACAAACCGGAGAUCUCCAGGGAGCAGGCCAUCACGCUGCUGAAGGACAGGGAGCCAGGGGCUUUCAUCAUCCGAGACAGCCACUCCUUCCGGGGAGCUUACGGCCUUGCCAUGAAAGUAGCUUCUCCACCUCCCACGGUCAUGCAGCAGAACAAGAAAGGAGACAUCACCAACGAGCUGGUGAGGCACUUCCUCAUCGAGACCAGCCCACGGGGUGUGAAACUAAAAGGAUGCCCCAACGAGCCCAAUUUUGGCUGCCUCUCGGCUCUGGUGUACCAGCACUCCAUCAUGCCCUUGGCCCUGCCCUGCAAGCUGGUCAUUCCUGACCGAGAUCCCAUGGAGGAAAAGAAAGAUGCCGUGUCGGCCACCAACUCGGCCACGGACCUCCUCAAACAGGGUGCAGCCUGCAAUGUCCUCUUCAUCAAUUCGGUGGAGAUGGAGUCUCUGACGGGUCCCCAGGCCAUUGCAAAGGCCGUUGCCGAGACGCUGGUGGCCGACCCCACGCCCACUGCGACCAUCGUCCACUUCAAAGUCUCCGCACAAGGCAUCACCUUGACCGACAACCAGAGGAAAUUGUUCUUCCGACGACACUACCCCCUCAACACCGUCACUUUCUGCGACCUGGACCCCCAGGAACGAAAGUGGACUAAAACUGAUGGCAGUGGCCCAGCCAAGCUCUUCGGCUUCGUGGCCAGGAAGCAAGGGAGCACCACAGACAACAUCUGCCACCUCUUUGCCGAGCUGGACCCGGAUCAGCCGGCUGCAGCCAUCGUCAACUUUGUCUCCAGAGUCAUGCUUGGCUCCGGCCAGAAAAGAUGAGCCGGCACUUGUGGGUGAUUCUUGAAUUUUGGAGAAGGACUUGGAGCUGAUCCGAGAAGGAGUGAGAGGAAGUGCAUUGUGGGAGAGGGAAGUGAAUCGGGGGGGAAAAGGGUUGGAAUUUUGGAGGAAAACAGCAUACAACAAAAAAACCCCCAAUGAAACCCCUAAAAACUCAACACAAGC